AUGGCCCUGAAGGCCCAUGUUCUGAUGUGGACGACGUCUACCGGAUUAUUGUCCCUCGCCUCCUCCCUGAUCUCUCGGACGUCCGAGAAGACUCGCACCAGCUGCGCCACCAUCAAAUCCACCGGUGGGAUCUUCGCCAAAACACAGACGGCCUCCAAGUCUACGACGGACUAUAAUCGACAUCUCGAGCAACUUUUCGAACGCGUAGCGACUUUGCUUAUUGACAGCCUGCGAACAACAUUAAAUAUCGACGAAUUGGAGCAAGUUGCCGAGCUACAUAAAGGUCUAAUACAAGUGCGACGUUUAUUUGAUGAAAACAUCGUCAGAACAAUAGACGCUGAAACCAAGCUAUUCUUACACAAAAUUGAGGAAUUGUCGAAGUUGGUGAUGGCAAUGAGACAGUGGGAACCUUCACACGAGUUAGAGCUGAGUGAUAUCAAAUCAAAACUGAAAAAUUUAUCGAUUUCCGUCAAGCAAGAUAAAUGUUUGAACGCCGGUGGAAAGUUCGAAUGGGUGGACAGUGUAUUAGUAAAAUGCUUGCAAGAUGGUACUUGGCUGCUCAUCGACCAGGUUAAUCUAUGCAGCCCUGCUGUAUUAGACAGGCUUAAUGGACUGUUAGAGCCAAACGGUGUUCUUAGUAUCGGUGAACGAGGUGUUGAUGGUGACGGUAAUGUCGUUACUAUUAAGCCACACGAAAAUUUCCGCUUAUUUUUAACCAUGGAUCCCCGAUACGGCGAAAUUUCCAGAGCAAUGCGCAACAGAGGCGUUGAGAUUUACAUGCUUGAUCCAAAAAAGAAUGUCGAUUAUGAUGCAAUCGAUCUAAAAUCGUUAGUGUUUAACGCUGGUGUCGUGAAAUCAACGCAUCGUGAUGCGUUGCUUGAGAUCUACGACAAAAUGUCAGACGAGAGCGUUGCAGUAGAUCGGCUUAGCAUGAUAGAUUUGUUGCAUACUGCGUUUCUGGUGAAACAACGAUCGUUGCGUGGUUUCUCCGCAAAGCAAUUGAUCAGGGACUCAUGUAUUGAUGUCUACAUCAAUGCUAGACCAACACGAGAUCCUCGACUCAAGGAGUACUUUGUGUCUCUCAUCGAUCAGAUUAUUGAACAGUACACUGCGCAUGAUAAUGAAAUAUCAGUAAUUGACUUGAAUGCUGCCACGUGGAGCCUAAAAAAUUUGCACGAUAAUCCAAUAUUUACUGUAAUGAAACAGCAAGGUUUGCUGUUAAAUACAGCUGCUAAAAUGUACAAAUUACGUGGAAAAUUGAAUAUCAGAAAUAACGAAAAAGAUGUUAUUUCGACCAAGUUAUUGAACGAUUUCUGCAAUCUCAGAGAAAAUGAAGAAUUUGUAUUGAAUGUUGACGUUGCUGAGAUAUUGCCAUAUUUCUUGUUAAACUUUUACGAGUUAUCCUCGCAAAACGACGCGCCGCUCAGAAAGGAAUGGCUCUCGAAGACACUGCGAGGAAACACAAUGUUUGACGAACUUGAGAAGAAGAGCGCGUUAAUGGCAAAAGUAAUUACUCUGUUUAGUUUUCGGUCUGCAGACCGAAUGAGAAGUUCGUUGCCUUGGGAUUUGUGGCAGCUCAUUGGAAGAACGACAGGUGAUAAAGACGAUAGCAGCGAUACGAAUAAACUGUUACUGUUACUAUAUGCGAGUAGUAUGAUACUCGAAAGUGGUUCAGCACCAACAGAAGCAGUAAGGAAGAAAAGCGUGAUAUCCGUGAAACAAUAUUCCACUGUUGUGCUAGAAGGUAAAAUAUUAUCGCAAUUGAAGAACCAACCACUAGUAACAUGCUUCGCGCAGUUUCUUAAGCGAGCAAAUUCUUGCAUUGCCGCGAUUUUACGAGACAGUAAUGUGAGUACGAAUCCCAAGGAAUACGUUGAAGCAAGAAAAGAGCUGAAGUGGUACACGAGAUUCGAGAAACUAGGCGAAAUGACGCUUAUAAAUAAAUUGGAAAAGUCCGAAGCCUUUUUCAAGAAUUUGGAGCAAAUUUCUUUAUUACUGAAGAUACACUAUAAGUGGUUGCUAAAAUUUCUGCACAAACUAUUUGCGAUAGCCAGAAAGUUUCCGAAUGAGAAGAUCGCUAACGAGAUCGAACAUUUGCUAGAUAUAGUGGAUAAUAUAAACGAUCAAUUAGAGUUGGUAUACGAUCCUAUGAAGAAGAUAUCAAAGAAAAUUAAGAAGUACCUGAUUCUUCCGUCGCCCCACUCUUCGGAGACGAGCAUGAACGUGCAUUUGCGAUUAAGAACAAUUGCAAAAGAUUUCAGUGUGAGGGACGAAAGUGGCAACAGCUUGAAACGGGAGCUAAAGAUCUUAUUCGUGCAGCUAAAAGAUUCCUUGAUGAUGAGAUAUCAAACGAUUCGUCUGUGGUGCGACAUUUAUUCUAGAGAACCGAUAGGCGACACUAUCUUGCGGACUAUUCUCGAGGUGGAACGAUUUUGCGAUGAGAGUCACAUUCGUCUACGAGUACCUGUGGAAAUUGAGAACGUGCUCGACAAAGUUUACGCACUUCCGGGGACAGAAACAGCGCACUUAAACGCGAAGAUACAGUUGUGGCCGAUUUACGAGUACAUAUUUUUGUCUUUUGCUUACAAGUUGCAAGGAGAAAUGUGUCUACAAGGAACUAGUUCCGCCGCCAUCUCGACGGAGUGUCUCGCGAAGUUCGCGGAUGUGCCGAGUAUACCGAUCAAUUUGAUAAGUUUGUUGAACGUGAUGGCUCGAAAAGAAGUCGAACGAAGACAAAAGACUUUGCUACUGCCAGAAUUGUUUUGCCGACUCGAACAAUUUACUCGACAAUCUUAUGCCGUCAAAGGUGCCAGCCGUCUUUUGCACUGGCGCGGCAUUACAGAGAAGAAUUUGGAAAAAUCUCUAACUUUGUACUCCGAAUCGAAGGAAAGCUAUUUUGGUGGACCUGUCCUCUUAAAUCUUGUACUGAAAUUCAUGUUACGCAAAACAAACGAAAAAAAAGAGAAAAAUAUUUUCUCUGUAGUUGAACUCGGAACAUACACAGCGCAGAUAAAUCAACUACAGCUGCUAAAUGAGAUUUUAUGGCGUAACAGUAUCUUGUUAACAGACAAACGAUACGAUUUGUCCAAUAGCGAUCUGACAACCCUAAGAUUUUACUUGCACGUAUAUUUAGCAGCAAUUGACAAAUUGCACACCGAGCACAACGUACCUGAGCUAAUUGCGACCGCUAUAAAGAAGCAAGGUGGAAAUCUCGCAGCAGAUAUAGAAAACAAGCUGCGAAUAGAUUACUUUGAACCAUUAGAAGAAUUGCGCAAAUCGCGCGAUGAGAUAGAAGCUAUCAACAAUGAAAAUCUCAUUAAGGAAGAAAUUGCACUUCGACGGGGAAAAGCGUGGAUGUUACUUGGUUAUAUUCAGUUACAAUUUUUUGGAAAUCUGGAUAUAAUCGAUCCCGUGCAUAAGGUUGAACUGAAACUCAGGUAUGUAGAGGAGGAUAUUGUUGAUUGCAGAAGAACGAUGUACGUCACAACGUUGCAGAAUCGUAUUCUAGGAAGGUCUUCAGAAAACAGACAUGCUCAUCCGAGAUUUAAAGCUAUGAGAGAUUUCGAGAGGCAGUUGCUAAAGACGAGGAACGAUCUUAGCUGUAUGAAUGCGUUUAGACCGCAGUCCAUCAAUUUUACCUCACUCAGUAGUGACAGCUCAGAUUUCCGGCACAAAGUAGGAUCUUACGAACUGGUGAAGAAACACCUGAGCCAACUAUACGCAAUUGCGAGCAAGAUUGCGAGUGAAAAAUACGAAUUAGCCGACUUCAAAGUUGCGGAAAUCGCUUCUCGAGAAGCAGAAAGCUGGAGUUUGUCGGUGCAACGAUUCGCCGAACAAAUCGAGGAGAAAUAUCUGUCGGCUUAUCCAGACGUGAUUCUUCCGUUAAUGGCAGCUCUAGCUCAGGUGAGCCAUGGUGUUGGCAUACUGAUCAACGAGAUACAACGACUAAUAUCUCUACGUAAGAAAAGAGUCACCGAUCUGGAUUCUUUAAUACAUAACCUUAUUCGAUUUCCUACAAUCGAUCAACAACAGGAGAGUCUUUUGAAUCUAAGUGAUUUGUGUGUUGCGAGAAACAUUAGGAAUCUGAUCAAUGAAAGCUCAUGUUCCGUGGAUAGUUUUGUCAAGAUACAGGACCAAUUUCGGAUGUUGAAGUCUGGUCUUUAUGAACUAUAUAAUCAUGUGAUUCUUAAUCGAGGUCUGACACAAUUGCUAUGGCGAGACCUGAACAAAUUGCUUCAGCAAAUAGUUUUGAUUUGGAAGCAACAACAACAAGAGGAGGAAAAGCGAAUUGCGGAAAAAAACAAUCUAUACAAGAACAAAAUCGAGAACCAUGGUAAUGUUUUAACAGAAGAAGAAGAACUUACUCUAGAAGUUCGCGAGAUGUUUCCUACAUAUCGCGAGAGAGACUUUUAUGAUAUAGAAGAUGAUUUGGAAUCUUCUCUUGACCGAAAAUUGAAGAACGCGUCAUCGGAGCCAGACGAGACGCAGUCGAGCUUUAGCGGUCUUAUCACUAAAGACGAUAUCAGGGAAAUUCAGAAUAUCCACUCAAAAAUCAUUACGUCCUUUACUGUGUCUAAAUGGAUACGCAUCGAUAUUACUUCAAUCCCCUCAACAAAUUAUGUCGAGCCUUUAACACAGAGAUAUUAUAUAGUGCACGGAAUGCUCGAUUAUAUACUGCCGAGUUUAAGCGAAGAUCUCGCUAUCAAGCUGUAUAACAGUUACAGCUUCUUGGUCACUUUGGGUCUGCAAGAAAAUCGAGGAACAGAUCGAACUUUAUGGAAGAACAUCAGAAAAUUAGAAAGAGUAUACGAUUUUUACAAGGACAGUAACGUCGAGGAAGCGAAACAGUGCUUGCCUUUGUGUGAGAAUAUCUUGAAUCGCAUAAAUCAGUUAUUGGAACAAUGGCCGGAUCAUCCCACUUUGAGAUCAAUCCGAUGUAUAAUCGAAAGGAUGUAUACGUUCUCGAUUACGUCACCAGUCUCCAGAUUUUUGACCGGUUUAGAAUUGCUACUCGUCAAGAUGCAUCAGUGGGAAGAGAAUGCUCACAAAGGUGUCAGUCUAUCCGACUACAUUCUAGCGUUGACAGAGCAGAUAAUAUCGUGGAGAAAGUUGGAACUGUCUUGUUGGAAAGGCUGUCUCGACGCGGCGCACGAAACUCUCAAGUCGGACACAUCCAAAUGGUGGUUCUUCUUGUACGCGUUGAUUGAGAGUUAUAUCACGAGAUUUGCGAGAGACGACAUCAAGAAGGAGAAUGACGAACCUGUCACCAAACAGAAGUUGGUGGAAUCGCUAGAACGUUUCAUGAACGAAUCAUCCCUCGUAGAGUUUGAAUCGCGAUUGAAUUUUCUCUUGACAUUCCAUUGUCAUGUAUGUUACUUCGACGUCAGCGACGACAAGAACGAGAUCCUGGCCAUAUUGUGGAACAUGUAUAAUUAUUACAAGCAGUUUGUGGACGACGUAAAUACAAGAAUCGCCGCUUUAAAGGCUCCUAUUGAGAAAAAGCUAAAGGACUUUGUGAAGAUUGCGAGAUGGAAUGAUAUCAGCUAUUGGGCGGUAAAAGAAACAGUUGAAAAAACGCAUCGUACUCUGCACAAGUUUGUGAAGGAGUUUCAAAAGGCCUUGAAGCAGAACGUAUCUUUUUGUUUGGCCGUUAAAUCGGAAUCUUACAGUACAGAAAUGAGCAAAGGUAUCUGGGAUGAUCAGGAUCAUCGUAAGUAUGUGAUCAUACCUGAAGAUUUUAUCAUAACUAAAUCUUCAGGUACUGUAAAAAUGGAAGUCCUUUUUACCAGUGGGCUUAUUACAAGAACAAACAUGCUACUGGAAAAAGCUAAGUAUUUGUGUAAGGAAAUAGUCUUGACGAGUUCGUAUCCAUUUAUACGGUCAGAGCUUGAGAAUCUUAUUGGAGAUUUUAUGGAGCAAAGUGCGCGUCUUCGGAACAUGGAUAUCGACAGGAGUCUGCCGAAAGGCAAACAGAAGUCUCAAGCUAAAAGUAUACUGCAGCAAAAGAAACUGACGCUUGCUAAUUAUUUCAAGGAACUGCUUCAGUUGGGUGUAUCGUAUCGCACUGGAGUAUUAAUAUUGAAGAAUGAUAUGGAUAAAGUGAUAGACUUCACAAUAUCUCCUUUAGAUCUGUCUGUGAUCAAUCAGUAUUUUAAGCUAAGAAACAUAGAUCAUCAUAUGUUGAUGCAGUGGCAGGGUUGUGAAAAGUAUUACUACAAGUCUCUUAUCAAGUUGAACGCCCUUAAUGCAAUGCUUAGCACAUGUCAGACUGAUUUAGGACUGCAGAAUAUGGAACGUUGCAGAGGAUUUUCUGCACACAUGAUGUUAAUGGCUCAUAGACAGAAGAAGACUAUAAUUCAAUCAUUUGAAUGCUUCUCGUCGCUCCGUAUACAGAUCUCGAAUUUGACCGAGACACGUGAGGAAGAUCUCAGCAUGUCGAAGCAGCGCGACGGCCAAGAUUGCACGGAGAUCUUAAAGACUUUGUUAAUAACUUUAGAAGCUGGAUUCGAGCAACUGUUGCUAUUUCUGCAAUGUUGCCCUGUAGAAUCGUCGACGGAUACAAAUAGAACUGUUCUCACGUUGGACAUAAACGCGCUUCCUAUAAUCGCCGCUUGUCAAAAUGACGAAGUAUGGAAGAACGCGAACACUCUCUUAAAGGACAAUCUGGAUUUGAUAAAAGUCACCGCAAAGCGUUUUAACAUUUUAUUUAUGGCAUUCAAAGUAUUAUCAGUAAAUCAUUCCGAACAUUCCGUUCGUACUUCGUUCUUGAGUUCAAAGCACUUUGAAUUCCUCGAGCAAUGUCGCGUGACAAUCGAAGUUGUAAGGACACGAAACAAAGAAUUGAAACAACUGUUUGAAAACUCAGACGUUGCGCAUCCUAUUCAGGAAAGUAUAAUAUUCUUGGAUACAAAGAUGGAAUGCUUCCUUAAUAAAUACAAAAACUUGCGUAAAGUUGUAGGAAGUAAAAACGGCGAAAAACAAUUAAAAGUAAAUAAUGAUGCUGUUAAGCAAUAUGAAUUAAGUCUCGAACAAUUAAUAAACAUGAUAUUGCUUGUUAUACAAAAGAAAUAUAAAGACCAUGUUAACGUGAACGACGAAGUGACAAAUGUGAGAGAAAAGUUAAAUGAAGAAAAUAACGAAAACGAUAACGAUAUGGAGGAAGAAAUUGAAAAAAAUAGACUAAGCAAAAAACUGAUUGAAUUUUUGGAGAAGGACAUAAUCGAAUUGAAACUGUCUAAGAUAUAUGAUUUAUUUUUCAGUCUACUGCUAUCGAUACACGAAUUUGAUCUCCAAUCAGCAAACUAUUGUAUCAGAUUGCUUUUACAAUGCUUACCACUGCUAGAACAAUAUAUUUUUCUUGUUCAGUUUUAUUUAAACGAGCAAGUAGCAGCGUUCCGUAUUACAUGCAAAAUGUUGUAUCUACAAUUAAAUGUCUUCUUAGACCUGGCUGCGAAUGGAUUCUGUAAUCCAAAAGAUUUAGAUCUCGAAGAAGGUGAAACCGAUGAGUCGGGUGAGAAAAUAGAAAAAGGCGGGAUGGGUUUGGCUGAUGGUGAAGGAACGAAAAACGUUUCUGAUAGAAUAGAAUCUGAAGAUCAACUUGAGGAUACAAAAUCUGCGGAACAGGAACAGGAAAAACAGGAUGAUAAGAUUUGUAAAGAAGAAGAGAAAGGAAUUGAAAUGUCCGAAGAUUUUGACAGCAAACCUCAAGAUACAGAAAAAGGCGACGAUGAUAAAGAACAGGACAAUGAUGAAAACGAAAACGAUUUGGAUAAGGAAAUGGGCGAGACGGGUGAAGGCGCUGAGCAGCUUGAUAAAGAAAUUUGGGAUGAUGAUACAGAAUCCGAAGAGAAUAGCGAGCAAAAUGAUAACGAAGAGGAAGGCACAAGUAAACAAACCGAUGAGAAGAUAAUAGGUGCGAAAGAUGAUAGAGACAAAAGAAAACAUGACGAUGACGAUACGAGUGAAAAUAGAGAAGAAAAUCAAAAAGAAAUAAAUGAGAUGGAAGAAUCAGAAGUAGACGAAGAUCAGAUUAACCCCUAUCAUGGUAAGUUUGAUCCUCUGCCAGAACCCGAACCAUUAGACUUGCCAGAAGAUAUGAAUCUGGACGAAGACGGAAAGGAAGACAAUAGUAACGAAGAGGAGAAUCCAUUUGAUAUUGAUGAGAUGAAGAACUCUAAGCCACCGCCAGAGAAAAAGGAUGAAACAUUUGAAAAAGAAUUCGAAAAGAAUAAAGAAAACGAUUUCGAAGAAGAUUGUAGCGAAGAAGAAAACGACAAUGUUGAAGAUAUAAAUACAAAUGGACAAAAAACACAGGAAGAGCCCGAAACUAAUAAAGAAACUGAAGAGAACAAUAGAGAGAAUGCAGAAAGUGAAACGAAAAAUGAGGAACAACAGCAGGAUGAACUAGAAAAAGAAAAACUACCAGAGAAAGCAGCACCAAGUGUCGAUGACGCAAGUAAGGAAAUAGAUGCUGCGUCACAAGUUGAGGAAACAAUAGGAGGUUCACGAGAUACGGUAGCGGAACAAUCUGAUAAAGAUGAGCAAGAAGCAUCGGCGGAUAAUACUCAACAGAAUAACAACGAUAAAGGCACUGGUCAAUCACAGUCGGCGCAACAAGAAAGCGGACAUUCCGGAUCUUCUAAGCAGGAAGCCACUCCAAUUUCGCAAAAGAAUACCACAGAACUAAUGGAGAAGAGAAAAAAUUUAGGUGAAAAAAACGAGGAUCGUAGUUUGUUAGAUUGGAUAGAACCUGCGUUGAAGAAGUUAAAAACAACCUUUACAAAGGAUGAAAUACAGAGAAACAAGAAAGAGGAAGACGACUCGGGCAAUUCUAAUACGAUCGAUUUAGCUCAACACAUCAAAGAUUCCGAAAAAUUCGAUGAUUACACACUCGACGUUGCGACAGAAGAUCAAGCCAGGGAACAAGCUUCAAAUAUUGAAAAAGAAAAAGAGAAUCAAGAUGAAACAAAGAAUGACGCCAUGGAUAUAAAAAUGCAUGACGAUGAGGAGAAUAUAACGCAUGAUGAAGUAGCCAAAAAGGAACUUGAAGUUUUUGAGGAAUCCGAGACUGCUGACAACAAACGUAAAGAAAUUAAUGGUAAAUGUAGCAAUGUAAAUGUAGCAAAUGACAGUCAACCGGAGGAGACUGAAGAGAUCGAAAUGGAAUUGGAAGAGCGUGAAACUAUGUUAGUGCAAAGAGCACCCGAGACUACAUUCCACACGAUGGAAUGGAGCUUGGAAGAUGUUGAGUCUAGUCAUGUGGAAAACAAACGUUUUGAAGUGGAAAAAAUGUUAAGUGAAUGGACGCAAAUGCCGUCCACUAAAGAAGCUGCAGCUGCAUGGAAUUAUCUAUGUUCAAUCACGGAUUCUGCUGCUAGAGAUUUAUCGGAGAAAUUAAGACUAGUGCUAGAACCUACACAGUUCUCGAGACUUAAAGGAGAUUAUAAGACGGGUAAACGCAUUAAUAUGCGGAAAAUCAUUCCUUAUAUAGCUAGCGAAUUUCGCAAGGACAAGAUAUGGCUCCGACGCACAAAAGCUUCAAAGCGCGAUUAUCAAAUUAUCCUCGCGUUGGACGAUUCUCGCAGCAUGAUGAAUAAUCAGUGCAAAGAAAUGACCUUCGAAUCUUUGUCGUUAAUCAGUAAAGCUAUGACGUAUUUAGAAGUAGGAAAGCUUGGCAUUGUAAGUUUCGGAGAGAAUGUGAAGGUAUUGCAUCCUUUGGGAGAAACUUUCACUGAACAAAGUGGAUCUAGAAUAAUACAAGAAAUGAGAUUUAAUCAGGAAUUGACGAGAGUAGCUCAGUUGCUCGAUUUUACAAUAGAUAUGUUCGAAAAUCAGCGUGCUUCGCUUGAUCAUGCUAAGUUGCUGGUAGUAUUGUCGGAUGGUAGAAAUGUAUAUGCUGAUGCAAUAAACACAGUCAAACGUGCUGUAAGGAGAGCCAGAUUAUUAGACAUUUUCCUUGUGUUUGUAAUAAUUGACAAUCCAAAUAAAAAGGACUCAAUACUGGAUAUUGUUUGGCCUGUAUUUGAUGGAGACCAAGUAGUAGAAUUUAAAUCCUACAUGGACUUUUUUCCAUUUCCUUUUUACAUACACGUUAGAGAUAUGAACACAUUACCAGAAGUUCUGAGUGAUGCCUUACGUCAAUGGUUUGAAUUAGUAGGAAAAAUUGAUAUUUAGAUGAAUACAUAUAAUUUUAUUAAUAAAAAUAUAAUGUUUA